AUGGCUGGUUUUAUUGAAGCAAAACAUUAUAAUUGGAAGGAUACCAACCUUGCACUCUUUGGAUCUGAUACAGAGAGAGCUGUUAAAAAGGAAUCUGCUGAGAAAGAACCCGCAUGGCAGUCGGUAAGGACUAUCGCCUCUCCUACUCUUAUGGUCUGGCGGAUCAAGAAUUUCAAGUUAGAAGUUGUUCGACCUGAAGAUGUUGGUAAAUUUUUUCGUGGGGACUCGUAUAUUAUUUUGAGUACUGAUAAAGUUGGUGAUGAAUUGUUAUACGAUGUUCAUUUUUGGAUUGGACGUGAAAGCACUGCAGAUGAAUAUGGAACUGCAGCCUACAAAACAGUGGAAUUGGAUACAUUUCUUGAUGACAAAGCAGUUCAACAUCGAGAAGUUGAUGGAUUCGAGUCAGAAUUGUUUAAAACCUAUUUCAGUCAUUUUGAAACUCUUGCUGGUGGUUAUACUAGUGGAUUCAAUCAUGUGACACCGAAUGAAUAUAAACCACGUCUGUUGUUAUUCCAUUCAACUGAUCGUAAACAUAUGGAAUUACUUGAAGUACCACUUUCAAGACGUUCACUAAAUUCAACAGAUGUUUUCAUUUUGGAUAUGGGUGAUAAAGGAUUCCAAUGGAAUGGACGUGGUUCAAGUAAAGAAGAAAAAUUCAGAGCUAGUCAGUUUCUGCAACAACUAGAAUCUGACCGAAAUGGAAGAUGCCAGACGGAGGUAAUUGAUGAAGAUGAUUCUGAAGGACAUAAAAAGUUCCUCAGUUAUCUACCAGAUGUGGAAAUACCAGAAAAAGCCAAGAUAGAAAUAGGCAAGAAAGCGAUUUACAGAGUUUCUGAUGAAAAUGGUAAAAUGGAAAUUUCACUUGUCUGUGAAAAUGCACUACCAAGAUCCUCGUUAUCAGCAAAUGAUGUCUACUUGAUCGAUACUGGCAAUUCUUUAUUUGUGUAUAUUGGAGAGAAAUGCAGUACGGAAGAGAAACGGGAUGCACUGUCACAUGCACAUGACUAUUUACAAAAAACCAACCAUCCAUUGUCACCUAUCACUGUUGUAUCGAACAAUCGACCAUCUAAGGAAUUGAAUAAAGUGUUAGAGUAG